AUGGCAACUAAAACGUUAGAGGCCCGUUUCGAGCACCUCUCCGUCCAGGAUGAGAACGAGGCACCAAACAAUGGCUCAUCGAUGCUUAAGUCCAAGGUAAAGCCGCCCAUAUCAGCAGUACCAGAUGGAUCUUAUCAUCAACAGGUAACUGCGACUUCCGCCAUGGCAGCGUCGGGUAUGGUCCCUAGCCAAAGCCGAACGAACCUUGUCAAGUACGCAUUACAGCAGAGCAAUGAGGCCAGAUCGAAUGCAGCCCAGAUCAUCACAACUACGACCACCACAACAGUACCGACACUUCCACCUUCGCCAGUCCGAAAACCUGUGCCAUCAUCAAGAAGCUCAGACGAGCCGGGUGCAGCAGCAGGGCGACCUUCAGGUGCAGAUGCAGCUGCUUUGUUCUACGCGCAAGAUCCGAAGAAGUUCCAUCUAGGCAUGUUCGAGAUCGGCAAACCUUUGGGCAAGGGCAAGUUCGGCCGUGUAUAUCUUGCGAGAGAGCGAAGUUCCGGCUUCGUGUGCGCUUUGAAGACCCUCCACAAAUCCGAGAUCCAACAGGGCAAGGUCGAGAAGCAGGUCCGCCGAGAGAUCGAGAUCCAGUCAAACCUCCGGCAUCCCAACAUCGUUCGCCUGUACGGCCACUUCCACGACAGCAAGCGAAUCUUCCUCAUUCUCGAGUUUGCCGGCAAGGGAGAGCUAUACAAGCACCUGCGGAAAGAGCAUCGCUUCCCAGAAUGGAAAGCUGCACAGUAUAUUGCUCAGAUGUGCGCUGCUCUGAAGUACCUCCAUAAGAAGCACAUCAUGCACCGGGACAUAAAACCAGAGAACAUUCUUGUCGGGAUACAUGGCGAGAUCAAGAUCUCAGAUUUCGGCUGGUCAGUCCAUGCGCCCAACAACAGACGGCAGACCAUGUGUGGAACGCUAGAUUACCUCCCACCCGAAAUGCUGCGGCCUGGAGCAAGCGACAACUACUACAACGAGAAGGUCGAUCUGUGGAGUUUGGGAGUGCUCACCUAUGAGUUUCUCGUCGGCGAGGCUCCCUUCGAGGAUACGCCUGUCAUGACGCAGCGGAGGAUCGCCAAAGCUGAUAUGAAAGUCCCCAGCUUUGUGAGUCCAGAGGCAAGAGAUUUGAUUAUGAAGCUACUCGUCCUCGAUCCCGAGAAACGGAUACCGCUUGAGGACGUAGAGCGACAUCCAUGGAUUGUCAAGCACUGUGCCACGAAAGGCGGAGAGCGUGGUGCUGCCAGGAGCAGCAAGGACAGCAGGGACAGCAAGGCCGACCAGUCAUGA